AGCGCCUGACUGUAUAUAACUGGGCUUCUUACACCUUUCGUCAGUCGACUUCACUGAUCAAGACUGCUGAAACAGAACAGAUUAUUAAAAAUGAUGAUCAUUCUCGGUCUUCUGGCUCUGACCGCAUCAUGCUAUGGACAGUCGUGGUCCAAAGUGGCGGGAGCCUUGACCCAGGUGUCAAUCGGUGGAGCAGGCGUGUGGGGGGUUAACGCUGGCAGUAACAUCUUCUAUCGUCAGGGUACGUACGGGACCCCAUGUACCACAGGCACAGGAUGGACGCUAAUCUCUGGAGGCCUGAAACAGGUCGACGUCGGCAAAGACAUCGUCGUUGGCGUCAACAACAACGAUGACAUCUUUUACAGAAAUGGAAUGACAAGUGAAUACCCGUCUGGGUCGAGCUGGGUCAAACUGAGUGGCGCUCUGAAACACGUGACUGUGUCCCCCCGUGGCUCCAUCUGGGGAGUGAACUCUGCGGAUCAGAUUUAUUUUAGGACCGGCAUUGAUCAGACCAAUCCAGCGGGAACUGGCUGGCAACAGGUUGAUGGGGCUUUGAAGCAGAUUUCCGUAGGACCGUCUGGUGUGUGGGGCGUCAACGCUAACGACGACAUUUUUUACCGAGAGGGAACUUACGGCGGAGGCAUUACUGCGGGCAGUCGAUGGACCAAUGUGCAAGGAAAACUUAUGUACAUCACUUCCGGUUCAGGAGUGGUGCUUGGCGUCAACAGCCAAAACCAGAUCUUUCGCAGAACCGGAGUCAGUGAAUCGAACCCCACAGGAACUGCAUGGGCUCUGCUGACUGGAGGACUGACCGUGAUUGAUGAGUAUGGUGGUACCCUGUGGGGGGUUAACAGCGGACAGGAGAUCUUUACAUCGCCAACCAACUAACAUGUCACCACCAGCAACAACCUCUUAAGUCUAGACCCAGAUUUGCUUUCUAUUUGACAAUUUUAACUUCUUUAUCAUAAGUUUGUUUUUCUGGGCUGACUUCCCGGGUGCACCAGGUGACAAAUGUUUCCACAAAAGCCGUCGCUUUGUGGGAAGGUCAUUGUAACCCCGAUGCUUUAUUCUUCUAUUCUCAUUCUACCACGCCGGUAUCAUUCAGUGGUGGUCUUCAGGACGGGGUCAGACGUAAGCCCGGUCAAGCUUGCUCAGUGUUGUUGUUGGCUGGGUUGUGGGGGACCGACUCAAGCUCUGAAGUGUUUCCUGCUUGACUGUCUUAAAUCUGCUCCAAUGUCUGAGCCUUCACCUCACAUUCUGAAUUUAGGCGUUCGAAAAAAUAAAUAUUUCUUCCAUUAAAGUUGACUUUGUUUAUA